CAUGGCUGACAGCAAGGCCAAACCCACCAAAACUGCCAACAGGACGCCUCCUAAGUCCCCGGGGGACCCCACGAAAGACAAAGCAGCCAAGAGGCUGUCACUGGAGUCAGAAGGUGCUGCCGAGGGGGCGGCUGCCACUGCCCCUGAGCUCAGCGCCCUGGAAGAGGCCUUCCGGCGCUUUGCUGUGCACGGGGACACACGGGCCACGGGGAAGGAGAUGCAUGGGAAGAACUGGUCAAAGCUGUGCAAGGACUGCCAGGUGAUAGAUGGGAAGAACGUGACUGUCACUGACGUGGACAUCGUCUUCAGCAAGAUCAAGGGGAAGUCUUGCCGGACCAUCACCUUCGACCAGUUCCAGGAGGCGCUGGAGGAGCUGGCAAAGAAGAGGUUCAAAGACAAGAGCGCUGAGGAGGCGGUCCGUGAGGUGCACCGGCUCAUCGAGGGCAAGGCGCCGGUCAUCGCCGGAGUCACCAAGGCCAUCUCGUCUCCCACCGUGUCACGGCUCACCGACACGACCAAGUUCACGGGCUCCCACAAGGAACGCUUUGACUCCUCAGGGAGGGGCAAGGGCAAGGCCGGCCGAGUAGACCUGGUGGACGAGUCUGGCUACGUACCCGGCUACAAACACGCGGGCACCUAUGACCAGAAGGUGCAUGGGGGCAAGUAG